CUGCAGAGCAAGCACGCAAAUCGCUGCACGAGCAUCACACUCUUUGUAUUCUCCGCCACCGUCUUCACUGCCCUUCUAGCGAUUCUCAGAUCUAAUCUCUCUGCUCAUUUCGUCGAUUUGAUUGCCAAUGGCGUCUUUUACUGCAUCAUCUCUUUCAUUCUCCGCUGUCACUUGCUCGUUCAAGCAAGACCAGGUUUCGAAUAUGAGGAAGGCUUCACUUUCAUUUGGUGGGAAGACAUUCCCAUCAUAUAAGUUGCCAACACUUCGUUACCAAGUGGCCUGCGCAGCUAAACCAGAGACUAUUGACAAGGUCUGUGAAAUUGUGAGGAAACAACUUGCUCUUCCUGAGGAUCGUGAUGUCAAUGGAGAGUCCAAAUUUUCUGCACUUGGUGCUGAUUCUCUUGAUACGGUUGAGAUUGUGAUGGGACUUGAAGAGGAGUUCGAUAUUUCUGUGGAGGAGGACAGCGCCCAGAGCAUCACCACUGUUAAAGAAGCAGCCGAACUCAUCGAGAAGCUCAUGGAGAAGAAGUGUUGAAGCUGCGGCCUCCCCUCGACUAGUACCGAUAAGUUUUUUCGAACAUAUCUUUCGUUUGGCUUUGUGUGAUUGAUUAUGACUUUUUUCUUUCCCCUUCCUUUCUAGAAUGGAUGCAUUGAUUUAGCCAGUUGCUCUAAGAUGCUGGUUUUUGUCUCUGAACCAGUUUGUGUUUGAUCUAUUAAUGUUUUAUGUUCUAUCCAAAGUUUUAUCAACUA